AUGAAGAUCGCUGUUUUUGGAAGCGGCUCGUUCGGCACCGCCAUGGCGUCCGUCGUCGCGAGGAACGGACACGACGUAAUCAUCUUGACGAGAAGAGAAGAUGUCGCGACGUGCAUCAACGAAAAUGGACGAAACCCGCAACAUCUGACCGCGUACGAGCUUCCGAAGAACGUGCGGGCGACGAUGGACGCCGAGGAAGCGAUAUCGAACGCGGGAGCGAUCGUGCACGCGAUACCUAUGCAGAGCACGGAGGAAUUCUUGGACGGUGUGAAAGAUUUGGUGAAACGCAGCGGCGCGUUAUUCGUGAACACGUCCAAGGGAUUGCACGGCGAGACGUUGGAGCUCAUGCACGACGUGUUGAAGCGAUCGUUAGGGAGUAAUCACCCGUGCGCGUUUUUCGGUGGGCCCACGUUCGCGGAGCAGUUGAUGAACGGGACGCCGAGCGGCGGGGUGAUGGCGGCUCGGGACAUGGCGACGGCGGAACGCGCUAGCGCGUUAUUCGCGGGUCCGAAGAUGCGGGUGUAUCCGAGCACGGACGUCGUCGGGGUCGAGAUCGGUGGGGCACUGAAAAAUGUGAUCGCCAUCCUCGCUGGCGGGUUGGAGGGGAUGGGAUUAGGGGUGAACGCGCAAACGUUGUUGAUCACGCGCGGAUGUCGAGAGAUGACACGUCUGGGCGUCGCCAUGGGAGCGAAGGAGCACACGAUGGCGGGAUUGUCGGGAAUCGGUGAUCUUAUGCUCACGUGUUUGGGCGAUGCAUCUCGCAACAAAGCGGUCGGGAUCGCGUUCGGACGAGGGCAGAAGGUUGAAGAUAUUUUGAGUGAACGCGCGCAGUCGCUCAAGGGCGUCGCCGAGGGAGUCGCCACCGCUCCCGCGGCGGAACGAUUGGCACGAAAGCUCGGUGUUGCGGCUCCCAUGAUAACGACGUGCGCGCAGUGUCUUCGCGGCGAAUUGGACGCCAAGGCGGCUCUUAUGCAGUGCAUGACAUUGCCCAUUCGACCGGAUGAACCGCUGGAUGAUAACAAAGGCGUCGCCGCGAGAGUAAUAUCAUUUGUCACACAUGGGACUUGCGCGCUCUUGGGUGCGUUCACCGCGAGUUGGAUACGAUCACGGUCGCGAGACAGGGCGUAG